AUGUCCACCGGCACCAUCCUGUCUCCCACCAUGUUGCCAGGCGUGAUCCCGAUCGCGCCGUGGCGGGCAUUCGACAAGCUUUGGACGUCCGUCAUGGGCUACCACGCCGAAGAAUUCCGCUUCAAGGAGGGGAUCACUCCGAUGUCAACCCUCCGCGAAACCACAGUCAUGAUUGUCCUAUACCUCGUCAUAAUUUUUGGGGGCCGUGAGUUCAUGCGCAACCGUGAGCCGCUGAAGCUGAACGGCCUCUUCAAGGCUCAUAACCUCUUCUUGACGUUGUUGAGCGGCGGUCUCCUGGUUCUCUUCAUUGAGCAACUGGCCCCGAGCAUCUGGAAGCAUGGCCUUUACCGCAACAUCUGCGCUGCCGAGGGUUGGACGAACGAGCUUGUUACUCUGUACUAUCUUAAUUAUAUCACGAAAUACGUUGAGCUUAUUGACACCGUCUUCCUUAUGGUGAAGAAGAAGCCUCUCACGUUCCUCCACACGUAUCACCACCCGGCCACCGCCCUCCUAUGCUACACCCAGCUGGUCGGCAAUACGUCGGUGUCUUGGGUCCCCAUCACCCUGAAUCUGACCGUACAUGUGGUCAUGUACUGGUAUUACUUCCAAAGCGCCCGGGGCGUCAAGGUUUGGUGGAAGGAGUGGAUUACCCGGAUGCAGAUCGGCCAGUUCAUCCUCGAUCUUGGAUUCGUCUACUUUGCAACUUGGGACUACGUCGCCAGUGUCCAUGCACCCUGGCUACCCCACGUCGGCCGAUGCGCUGGGAAGCCCGUGGCCGCUAUCUGCGGUUGCUUGAUCUUGAGCUCGUACCUCGUGCUCUUUGUCAUGUUCUACAUCGCUACCUACCGCAAGGCUGCUUCGCGUGUUACCAACAAGAAGAGCCACGAGAAGGUCGCGGUCUCAUCGAUGAAGCAGAGCGCCGCUAAAGUAGCUGACAGCUGCACUGGAGCGGAACACAUCAAACGCCCGCUGGUGUCCAGAAAGUGAUUCUCGUGCCAUCCGCGUCCCAGGCUCCUCGCGCGGUCGACCGAGGGUCUUUCAGUCUAGAAACUCGGCAUACUGCACCCCUGAGUGCAUGCUUUAAUGAUAGCAAUUUGCGAUGCAUAUGUGGCGUUGGGCCCAGACGACGGUUUUGAUCACGUUAAUGGUUUUCCUGUACAUAGUUCUGAACUUGUCGUAAUCACAACCACCAGAUACGUUUAGGUAGUAAUUGGUGUUGGCGUCGUCUCAGUGUCACCCCGCUCCUCAUCGUGGCUUUCGUACCUAUCAGUCGUGUUGCCCCUGCGUUGUCCUCCCUACUCCAGCAUGAGCCCAGAUGUCGAUACUGCUGCCUGCAACACCACUCUCCAUGGGGCCGAUGCGUCUCGACCCCUGCUACGUGAAGCCGGCGUAGGACUACCCGGCGCCUCUUUCGUCCACACUCACGUCCAUUCAGUACAGUACCGAUACAGGUCUGUACGGUAUGGAACAAUGUCGUCUUUGCUUCUUUCAAUAGUCUUGU